AUGGAGAAUCAGCCACCCCUAACGUCACCGGGAUCCAGUAAUGGGAACCCACCAGAGAGAUGCCCCCGUCCUCUGUAUUCCCAGGAUUCCACACAGGAAGAUCAGGAGAUCCUUCACCAUGAUCAGGGCAUAGAACAGUUCAAAGUUGAAAUUAAAGAGGAAGAUGAAGAGACGUAUGUGAUGGAUGGUCAGCCAUACAAGGAGGAAAAUCACAUGGAGAUUGACACGGAGGAAGGCAACAGCAAAAGAUCAUCAAUUGGAUGUCCUGUUUUACCUCCAGCCUGGGACACAGAUGAGGAGAACUCACGAGAUUCCCUUAAAGCUUUUCACAAAGUGGACAGAUCGCCCAACCCCCCUAAUCCUGAAGAAUUUUCCCCCAAUUAUUCUCAUUCUCCUUCCCCAAAUGUGAAUCACGGACUUAACAGUGUCGCCGGAUCACCGGCUCCCUCUCACUCAGAGGAAUUUUAUACCAAUAGAUCACACAUCAUUACCUCAAAUAUCUAUCCAGGACUUGAUGGUGCAGACAGAUCCAAAGAUCCUUCCAAUCCUGAGGGAUCUUUGCUGGGUAAAUAUGAUACGGUCUCAAAUAUCACACCAGGUCUUCGCCCUCCAUAUAGACCAUCAGAUCCCUCCAAACCUGAGGAAACUUCUUCUGACAAAUCGCAGACCUCCUCCCCAAAUAUCAUUCCUAGUCUUCUCAUUGGAUAUAGACCCCCGGUACCGUCAAAUCCAGAGGAAUCUUCUUUCAAUUCGAUGGCGCAACGGGCAGGGACGCACGAGGACGCGUUAUAUCCAUGCUUUUCCAGCUUGGUGAAGAUGGUCGAACACCAGAGAGCACACGUUGGCGACCAGCUUGGCCAGGAACCCGCUUUUGGCGACCAUCAGCAGCAGCAUCUGGGCAAGAAGGUGUUCCCGUGCGUAGAGUGCGAGAAGUUCUUCGCCCACAGCGCCGACCUUGAUAAACACCAGCGCCGUCACUCCAGAGAAAAGCCGUUCUCGUGUGAUGAAUGCGGCAAGGCCUACACCCAGAAGUCCCACCUCGUCAACCACCAGCGGCUUCACACCGGCGAGAACAUACUGCCCUGUACGGAGUGCGGCAGGUGCUUUACGCUAAAGUCGCAGUUCAUAAAACACAUGAGGACUCACACAGGGGAAAAGCCAUACUGCUGCUCGGAGUGCGGGAGGUGCUUUGCCCAGAAAUCGACACUGGACAACCACCAGACAAUCCACACCGGUCAGAAGCCAUUCUCUUGCUUGCAGUGCGGCAAACACUUUGCACGGAAGUCCACUCUCCAGAAGCACCUGGAGCUUCAUGCCAGUGGGGUUAUUGCUGUGAAGCCCUGCCCCUGAGGAGAACGUUUCUCAAAAUGGAUUGUAUUGUCUUCUACGUCUGAAAGACCACAUACGCCCCUGAGGAGAACGUUUCUCAAAAUGGAUUGUAUUGUCUUCUACGUCUGAAAGACCAUAUACGCCCCUGAGGUGAACGUUAAUCAGAAUGCAUUAUAUUGUCUUCUACGUCUGAAAGACCACAUACGCCCCUGAGGAGAACGUUUCUCAAAAUGGAUUGUAUUGUCUUCUACGUCUGAAAGACCACAUACGCCCCUGAGGUGAAGGUUUCUCAGAAUGGAUUAUAUUGUCUUCUACAUCUGAUAGACCACAACGCCCGGAGGAGAACGUUUCUCAGAAUAGAUUGUAUUGUCUUCAACAUCUGAUAGACCACAUGUGCCCCUGAGGAGAACGUUUCUCAAAACAGAUUGUAUUAUCUUCUACGUCUGAAAGACCACAUGCCCCUGAGGAGAACAUUUUUCAGAAUGGAUUGAUUUGUCUUCUACAUCUGAUAGACCACAUGUGCCCCUGAGGAGAACGUUUCUCAAACGGAUUGUAUUGUCUUCUACAUCUGAAAGACCACAUGCCCCUGAGGAGAACGUUGCUCA